AUGCUUCCACUAAUAAGUUGAGCAAGCUAAAUUCAACAAUAAAAUGUUUAUUCUAUUCAGUCCUAAUAUACUCUUCUGACUGGGUAGAUCCCCCUGUUAAAUAUAAAUUCAAGUUUCUGAACAUAAAAUGGAAGAAAAAAUUCAAGCGGAGACACAUAAAGUGAUCGAGAAGGCGUUCAACAGGACGGAGCGGAGGGGCAGCGUUGCACCUGACGAGGUCAAGAAGCUCAUCACGGAAAUGCAGCCGGGAUGGGAAAUCGAUGAGGCGGAGUUGGAGAGAGAAAUUGAGAAUGCGGAAAGAUCAGGAAGCGGGAAAGUCGACUGGGGUGGGUUCAACAAGGUUGCUAUGCAUUUUUUCAUGAAACAAUCAAAACAAUUGCAAGAUCAGUUCAUCCACAAACACGAAAUUUCAUCUGCCGACUUUGAAGCACCUCCGUCGAAGGAUUAAGGAAUUAUUUCAAGUUAUAAAUAAUUUUUUGAGGAAAAAGAGUUGUAUUAAAGAAUGUGGGCCCUACAUAUGAGGCCAGUUCAAGUCUACCCUUAGAAAUAUAUUGUUAGAAUUUUGUUAAAUGUGAGAAAAAGAUGGAGAUUUGUUGACACAUUACAUAUUAAAGUCAUUAUCUAUCAUGGCCUCAGAUUAUACUGUACAUAAAGUUGUAUAAAAAAGAGUGGUUGUAUAAAACUGUGCAGUUUCGACUAUGGCAUAA